UAUUUGAAAUUUCUAAAUUUUAAGAUACGAGAAAAAUUACAGUUUCGAAUAUAAUUAAAACAAUUUGAACAGACCUCUUCUUUUUGAAUUUGCUUGCCACUAGUCGUCACUGCCGUCAGAUGUCAGUUUAAUCGUAAAUAAAUGGCAGUACAGUGUGUAGUAUUUUGACAGUAUCGCGCAACGUUUCUUGAUAAUAAUUCAUAAUAUUUAUAAAAAUUGUAUGACAUAUUUAAUUACAUAAAAAUGUCAAGUAUCACGAUAUCAGCCAUAAGACCGCGGACUAGUAUCCUCGAUAAAUCCUUAAGUAAAGGUAAAGGAGAGGUUAGCUUGAGUUGUUUUGCCCUCUUAUUUUCCGAAUUAGUGCAAUAUUGUCAAAACAGAGUCUAUACCGUUCCAGAGCUGCAGAAUAAAUUGGCAGAGAUUGGAGCAGAAGUUGGACACAGAAUAACAGAUCUACUUGUGGUACGAGAAAAGGGUGGCAAACGUGAGAUAAAGCUACUUAAUGUAUUGCUAUUUAUCAAAAGUACAGUGUGGAAGUCCUUGUUUGGUCGAGAGGCCGAUAAACUGGAACAUGCAAACGACGACGAACGUACUUAUUACAUCAUUGAAAAGGAAUCCUUGGUAAACAAAUUUGUGUCAGUACCCAAAGAUAAAGGGAGCUUGAACUGUGCAUCCUUCGUCGCUGGUAUCGUGGAGGCUGUACUUUGCGAUUGCGGUUUUCCUGCUAAGGUAACGGCACACUGGCAUAAAGGAACUACAUAUAUGGUUAAAUUCGAUGACGCUGUUGUUGCGCGUGACAAGCAAUUGGAAGAUCGGUAAUAGAAAGAGAAUAAAUACAUACAUUACAUUACUCUUUCUAUAACGAUAAAAUAUAUAAUACCUAUAUACAAAUUUACCAAUUGUUGUGAUAAAUUUAUAGUCUUUAAUUAUUAUGUUAAAUUCAUAUUUUAUGUGUGUACCUUUUAUAUUUGAGACUGGUAUCACUCUUCAUCGAAUUUUCAUUUCAUAACUAUAUGUUUAUAAAAUCUUUAAUGUUUUUCUUAUUUCUUCUAAUGACA